AUGCUUCUUUAUCGAGAAGAAAUUGAUGGGUUACGAUCACUUGCCAUUGUACCAGUCAUUUUAUACCAUGCUGGUUUCACAACGUUCUGCGCCGGAGGAUAUGUUGGUGUCGAUAUAUUCUUUGUUAUUAGUGGCUAUCUGAUCACAUCACUUAUCGAGACUGAAAACAACUAUGGAACAUUUUCGCUUGUUUGCUUUUAUGAACGACGUUGCCGUCGUAUCCUACCAGCUCUCUUUACGAUUCUAUUCGUCACUAGUUUUUUUGCCUAUUAUUGGAUGUUGCCUGAACAAUUGAAGGAAUUCGGACAAUCAUUAAUUUCUGUUAUAAGUAUUUCUUCAAACAUUUUCUUUUGGUUCAAAGACGACGGUUAUUUUUCACAAUUAACUGAAUUGAAUCCUCUAGUUCACACAUGGAGUUUGGCUGUAGAAGAACAAUUUUAUCUUAUAUUUCCACUACUUUACUACUGCUUCAGUAACAAGAGAAACUUCCUCAUCACUUUACUCGCAUGUUUGACUGUACUUAGCUUUUUUCUUGCUCAAUGGGGUGGUAAUUUACAAUCGAUUUCAGAUGAUCGUUUUCAAAUUUUCUCUCAACAUACUUAUGCAUCGUUCUACUUACCAGCAGGACGCGUAUGGGAAUUAUUGAUCGGCGCAUUUGCUGCAUUUUACUUACGUGACAAUAAUUCAGUCAAGUAUGUGUCUCUUUAG